AUGCAAUUUGGUGACAGCUGCUUGGACACCGUCGAGGUCUUUCCGUAUCUCCGGGAACCCGUCAUCGAGAACUCAACACUGGCGGCGUACACUUGGUGCCAGCACAGCAACCGCAGUGCCACGCCCAUUUAUAGUGCCGGGAGGCUGUUGGGACUGCGUUUGAGUUUUCAAAAACCACCAGCAAAGUCCGACAACUGGCAGCUGAAUCUCACGGCGAGCUAUCGAUUCCUUAAGCAAGAACUCUUCAGGACUGAAGGUCGCCUGGUGCCGCACAGUUUCUGCGAUUAUUACUUCUUUGCCAGCACUUCGCUAGAUGGCAAUCUGGGCCAGGGAUACUUUCAUUCGCCUCGAUUUCCGGCCCACUAUCCGGCGCACAUCAAGUGCGCCUACAAGUUCAUAGGACGACCCGACAGUCGAGUGGAGUUGCUCUUCGAGGAGCUGCAGUUGCCACCGGUGGCACAUGGCGGCUGUCAACUGGAUGCAGUCACGAUUUUCGAUGCGGAAUCUGCGCAUAUGAAUGCGGUGAUCGAUGUCCUGUGCAGUCCGUGUCCCACACGUCGCAUCCUCAGCAGCGGUCCUGAUCUGCUGCUGGAAUUUAAUGCCAGCUCCAAUCGCACCGCCAAAGGAUUUCGUGGUAAAUACAAAUUUGUAGCCAGUGAGCUGAAGCAAGUGGCGCCUAUUUUGGAGGCAGCCAGUGUGGCGUUAAAAUCAACACUGUCUUCGCCGGCCAAGGAAAAUAGUUUGCAGUUUAUGACGGAAGCGAAAACUGGAAAGGACAUGAAGGACACGAAGGAUUCGCAGAACGAACGCAAAAAUCAGCACUGCAGACAUGUAUACGAUUCGCGCGUUAACAAGUCUGGCAUCUUCGAAUCGAAUCAGCUGUUGAGCUCGUUUAUCGGUGCAUCGAUAAAUAAAAAUGUCGACUCGGCAGUUGUCGUGCAGUGCCGUUAUGAAUUUGAAGCGCAAAAGCCAGAACGAAUUCAAAUUCGCUUUCAUGACUUCAAUAUUCCAACGGAACGGGAGAAUUCCAGUCUGUGUGUGGAGCAGGAUGCGUUGCACGUGCUGGAAGAGGUCAGGGGUAAAUACGAUACUCAGGAACUGUUAUGCGGCGCCUUUUUGCCCAAACCUUUGAUGUCCAGCGACCAACGCCUGCAAUUGCAAUUUGUGGGCAGGUAUCCGCCCAAGAUGACCAACAAGGUGCAGUACUACGGAUUUCGUGCAGAGUACAAGUUUCUCACAAACUUUGGUAUCACGUCGGGAGUGCAACAGGGAGAAGAAUGUACAUUUAUUUACAACAGCAGCGAACGGAUUAGCGGCUUAUUUCAUUCUCCCAACUUUCCCGGAUAUUAUCUAGAGAAUGUUGUAUGCAAUUAUUACUUUUACGGUUACGAUGAGCGCAUAGUUCUGCGUUUUACAUACUUUGAUGUAGAAGGCAUUGGCACUUGUGACCACCAAACUGCCAGUGAUUAUGUGGAGUUCUCAAAUUUCAUGACCACCGAUCGCAAGUACAGUCGUCAUUGUGGAAAGUUGUCCGACUUCGAAGUGCGUUCCGACAGACAUUUCUUUCGUGUCACCUUUUAUUCCAAUGAUCGUUUUGUGGCCAAUGGAUUUCGAGCUUUAUAUACAUUUGAAUCGAUUAUUUCGGAAAGUUCUGGUGUCAAUUUGGACUUGGGGGAUAAUGUUUCCAUGCAGAGCUACGUGGGCAACGGAUCACCAGAUAUGCUUAUCCUUAAUAAUAUUAUUUUGAUUAUAAUAGCUGCAGUCCACGCAAUAUAAUAAUAAAA